AUGGUAGCUACACGCAGACAAGCGUCCGGCCAGCAAGCGAACGCCAAGUCCGAAACUGCAGACACCAAGACUGGCGACAAGCGCGACAAUGAGCAAGUCGCAGCCAAGGAGGAAGACACCUCUGAGGACCAACCCGAGCCCAAAAAGCCCAAGACGACCAACGCCAUCUCGAACAGCAACGUAGACUCCAUCCUCGAGGUGCAGCAGACCAAGCUCGAGUCGUUCGGCGAUGCGCUAACCUGGCUGCAUUCCGACGCCGCCUGGUCGCUUGCCCACCCGGAUAUCCCGGAUGGCAAGGGCGAGACCGACACCGCGGCAGAAGGCGGCGACACCGUACGAACUCCUCCCGAGCCUUACGAGAAUAAGCGGGAGGGCGCCGCCGACGCCGGCCACCUGUCGUACCCCAACUCAGACCUGACUGCUUUCCAGACGCUGCUAUGCGCCAUCUUGCUGAGCAAGCCCAUUUCGCACCGCCUCGGCCUGCGCUCCAUCGAGACGCUGCUUAACAAGCCGUACUACUUCCACACCGCGCAGGAUCUGCUCGAUGCGGGCAACGAAGGUAGGCGUGCCGCGCUGUGGGAUGCGAGGACACAGCACAAGGAGAAGACCGCCGUGCAGCUGGGCAGUCUUGCUGAGGGCAUCACUGCGCUCUGCGAGGAGGCGAAGGGUAAGGAUGACGCGCGGGACACGUUGCGACCUAUCCUCGACAAGGCGCUUGCGCAGACGGAGGACCAGGCAGACUCGUUCCAGGUCGCUGAGCAGGUGAAGGCUGUGCUCACUAAGCAGAUCAACGGACUUGGCCCUGGUGGUGUCGACAUCUUCCUGCGUCGCGUCCAGUCGCAGUGGCCUCAAGUGUUUCCGUAUGCCGACGAAAGGGCUCUCUCCGCCGCAGUCAAGUUUGACCUCAUCUCGCAGUCGGAUCUGGAAAAAAGCCAGCAGCAUGCUACAAAAAAGCUGGCCGAAAAGGUGGCUGAACACGUCGGAUUCCCUUUGGACGAGGCAAAGGGAGAGGAAGAGGAAGCAGAGUGUGGUCGAUGGUGGUUCGUACGCACAUUGGACGUGCUCAUCGGCCUUGAUAUCGAAAAGAAGAUUGACGGGGCCGCAAAACAGGCGACUGGCGCCAAGUGA